UCAUGGCAAGAUCCAAGAUUCACACCUGGAGUUCAGAAGCCAAAACAACACAUCAUGCUGCUGCUGCACAGUUUCUGAACCCUCAAACUAUGAACACAGCUGGAGGUCAAGGUCAAAACGUUGCCAUGACAACCAUGUUGAAGCAGUUCGGAUCAACAACAACACGUGAUAGUGGAAGCAGCGACGAUGAUGAGUGGGAAAAUCCCGAAGAUUUUGAUAAACUUUUCGCCUCCUCUUCUGAUCACAAGGUUGACUUGAUGAAACUUCAUGAAAUCAAACAGUCCUUUCCCUCUGCACCAGAGGACAUGAUCAAAUCUCUGCUAGAAAAACACAGCAACAAUGUAGUGAAAACAACUAAUGAAUUGUUUAACAAGGGAUACAAGAGGCAGGCAGUAUCCCAUCCACCCCCUAGAAAGGUGGACAUGUUAGAGAGGCUGAAGGCCAUGUUUCCUACAGUAGAUGCUGGACUCGUUGAGGACAUGUUAUCUUCAUGUGACAAUGAUGAGAAGAGGACUAGGGAACAGCUAGAAUCUAUGGGUUAUUCUGCUAAGUUUCCAGCUACCCACAGGAACGCCUCUGCACAUGGAGGGAGGACCACAAGUCCUGCACGAGCACCAUCACCGAAACGAGCGCCGUCACCGAAACGUUCACCUUCUCCAGCUAAACCUAAAAUGUCGGAAUCUGAAAAACAAAGCUUGACUCGUAAGCUGAAGAAUCAGUUUAAGACAGCGGAGCAUUCUGUGGUUGAGAUGGCGUUACAGGUGUGUGACUAUGAUGAAGAUAGGGCAAAAAAAGUCCUGGAGAGGAUGAACACUGGAGGUGAUAGCAGUCCACCACCCUCUGGAAGCAGACCAGGUUCUAGCAGGCCACGUUCACCAUCUCCAACUCCUAUAGGACCUGCAAGUCUUGAACCAGUUACAUUGUUUGAUGAUAGACCAAGUACUACCAGCAGUGCGGGGAAGAGCAGCCCGUCCAGGGGUUCAACACCAGCUGUGAAGAAGAGCUCGGACUCGGCCUCCAGACCAUCGACAGGGAAGUCCUCAUCUAGAACUCCUUCACCCAAGAAAUCAACAACAACAACAACCACACAUCAGAGACAACAACAUAGAGCAAAACAAGUCACUCAAAUGAGUAAGGAUGUGUUGAGUUCUACAAUAGCUACGCUGAAUCGUAUCACAAACAAUGUGAACUGCUGCAAGCAGCCUGAAUUACCACAGGAAGGUGAAUCAGCUAAUCAGGAGACAGCUGUUGACAAUCAAUCAGCAGAUGCGUUUCAAUCACAUGAUGAAGGCACAGCCAAUGAGAGCAGUGGAGGUCAAAGCCAGUCGGUAGUAUCCAGGCAACCACAAGCUAGGCCAGUUUAUGUGUCACAGUACAGGACAGAGGCAAAGGGUCCAGACCCAUCUCUUCGUGUUGGUCCUAACAAAGGUCUACUCCUAUCUGAGUACACAUCAGCUAAAGGUCCUAACCCUGAACUCAGACAGGGACCAGAUCCAAGUCGUGUCCAGGGAUCUCAGGGAGCUAUGGGGCCUGACAGGUCCCUACACUGUGGACCUCAACUCAAUCUUAGAAAUGGUCCGAGUAGUGAGAAUCUCCUUGUUACAGCUAUAUAACUUGAUCAGAAUGUUUCAAGACAAUUUUGAAUUUGUAACUUUAUUUUCAAGCUUUCGUCUGCAUCAUUUGAAAAUAAGAAUAUAUUUUAAUGUCGGACAAGUUAUACGAAUCUGGUGCUUGGGACAUUUUGAAAAGGUUAAGAGGUGAAUAAUUAUUUGAAGGAUGUUUUAUAAUGGAAAACAAGGUAAAGCUUAAGAAAGGAAAAUAGAAAUGCUGUGAAUGGCUGUUAGGCAGGAAAAUCCAUAAAUUUUAUUCAUGUUUAGUGACAACUUAUAUACAUGUAAAUUACGUCUUGAAUGUAGAUUUUGUGCAAUAACUGCAUUUUACUGGUUCCAUGUAUUUUCUGAUUUUGUAACAGUUUAUAUAUUGUAUAUGUGUUUUUAAAUUCCAGAAAUAGUUAAUGAUUUCUCAAAAUUUCUAAUGAUUUUAUGCUUACUCCCUGUUCUUAAAAUUGUGACAAAUUUCUAGAAGUGCGAGUCAAAAACAGUAAUUCCUAUACAUUGACGACAUACAGGGCAACUGCAAUUUUAUUGAUAGACUGUGAAUUUCUUUUUAAAAUUGGAUGACAUUAAAUGAUUUUUAGCCUUU